UCCUAAUUCGAUCCGAAAAAUACACGACAGCGCGAGGUGCUCUCCGUGCAUAUCGGUCAAGGAGGCGUGCAAAUGGGCAACGCCUGCUGGGAGCUGUACUGCUUGGAACACGGCAUACAACCCGACGGUAUGUUGCCGCCGCAGAAUUGCGCCAGCGACGAAGGCUUCCAGACCUUCUUCAGCGAGACCGGCGGCGGCAAAUACGUGCCCCGAGCUGUCUUCCUCGAUCUCGAGCCUACGGUGAUAGACGAGGUGCGCACGGGAACCUACCAUCAGCUGUUCCACCCUGAACAGCUGAUCUCCGGCAAGGAGGACGCCGCGAACAAUUACGCGCGCGGGCACUACACCCUCGGCAAGGAGAUGAUCGACCUCGUGCUCGACCGGAUACGCAAGAUAGCCGACAUGUGCUCCGGCCUGCAAGGCUUCCUCAUCUUCCACGCGUUCGGCGGCGGCACCGGCUCCGGCUUCGCCAGUUUGCUGAUGGACCGUCUGUCGAUGGACUACGGCAAAAAGUCGAAGCUCGAGUUCGCCAUCUACCCGUCGCCGCAGAUCUCCACCGCCGUGGUGGAGCCGUACAACGCCAUCCUGACGACCCACACCACCCUCGAGAACUCGGACUGCGCGUUCCUCGUGGACAACGAGGCCAUCUACGACAUUUGCCGGCGCAAUCUCGACAUCGAGCGGCCGACCUACACGAAUCUCAACCGGCUGAUCGGCCAGAUUGUCUCGUCGAUCACGGCGUCCUUGAGAUUCGACGGCGCUCUCAACGUCGACCUCACCGAGUUCCAGACCAACCUCGUGCCCUAUCCUAGGAUACACUUCCCAUUGGCGACGUAUGCGCCCAUCGUGUCGGUCGAGAAGGCUUACCACGAGCAGCUGACGGUCAUGGAACUCACCUCAGCUUGCUUCGAGCCGGCCAUGCAGAUGGUCAAGUGCGACCCACGAAGAGGCAAAUACAUGGCCUGCUGCCUGCUCUACCGUGGCGACGUCGUCCCGAAGGACGUGAACGCCUCAAUCGCGUCUAUCAAAACAAAGAGAUCGAUACAGUUUGUCGACUGGUGCCCGACCGGAUUCAAGGUAGGGAUCAAUUAUCAACCACCAACGGUGGUGCCGGGUGGCGACCUCGCGAAGGUACAAAGAGCUAUGGCCAUGUUGGCGAACACCACGGCCAUCUCCGAGGCGUGGAGCCGGCUGAACCGGAAGUUCGACCUGAUGUUCAGCAAACGAGCGUUCGUGCAUUGGUACGUUGCCGAGAACAUGGACGAGAGCGAGUUCAACGAAGCCAGGGAGGAUCUGGCGGCAUUGGAGAAGGAUUACAAGGAGGUUGCCGCGGACUCCCCGGACAUCGGGGCCGAAGAACUUUAGAAGCUUCCGCUUGCAGAGCGAGAAUCGCACGCACCGGGAACGCGAUGGGAUAAACGGACGUCUCGUUAGCGGUGUCUCGCCCCGUUUUCUCCCCUUUUUUAUACAUUUUUAUGCAUGUACAUUUUUUAUUUUUUAUUUACAAGUUUACUUUAUACUUGUGUAUCUCCCUUUUUUUGUUACCUCCUCUGUACAUGUUCUUUGUGUGUAAAACGUUUUUUAUUUUAGAUUUGUCGCGAGGUACUUGUGGAUUCAGUCCUCCUCGACUGGAUCCGCAGGGAUCCUGCGACAGAUUUACAGGGUUCAAUGCGUCCUCGUGUUGUGCAAUAAAAGAAGAAAUGAGAACAUUCACUCGGUGUUACGAGGAUUGUCAGUUUCGCGGACUCGCGGACUCCAUUCGCGCGAAAGAUUUCCGAAAAGGAGAUGAGGAGGUGGGUGGAGAGGGCGGCAAGGAGCGAGAGGGAGUUGCAAAACGAGACGAUAUGACUCAGAGAUAUUAUAGGCUUUUUAUUGUGUAGAACAGCACGCGGCUGCGCACGAAUUAUAUUACAUAUGUAUAAAUUUCCAUCGGCAUAUCUUUUUUUACAUUACGGUCGGAGAAACUCUCUCAUCGCGUUGUAGAAUUCUUUUUCCUUCUCUUCCCCAUCGGGCGCGGUGGAAGUGUGUCGUGGCAGUUGUGUAAAAAUCGCGAAUGUUUAUAUAUGUCUCUCUCUCU